GUGCGUUGUAGCUGCAGGACAAAAGAAGACGAUCAAUGAUCUCGAGUACUCUGCGUCUUGUAAGAGACAGACCAACUCAGCGCUCUUUGUUUCAACCAUGCAGAAACCGUUGAGGGCAACACGCAUACAUAAUGUUUGGAGUGAUAUUUUCCUUCAAUGACAUGUUGUCAAACUAAUCAUUUUCACAACUUAGUGAUGUAAUAACAAGUGUAUUGAAGGAAACAAGAACGGGUUUUAAGGACACUGAAACAAAUUCAGCUUUCAAGGUAUACGUGUGGAAAAGUCAGCGGCCGCUAUUCAAAGAGGUCACGAAGUGGUCAGUCCAAGACAUACUUUCAGUCACAACUGUGUGAGUGGACAUCGACGGCCUUCGUUGAUGAUAUAAUUAAUCUGAAAAACAAAAUACAAGAUGAAAACUUCUCUAAUAACAAUGUUGUUUGUGGAGCUGAUGACAGGAGGUAGCCAAGACACGGGGACAUGCAGUCGAGAGGUUAACAACCCCGGGCUCAUGGCUAGUAGUAGACUCGUGGGGUCAGUCUACCUCGUGCUUCAGACCCUCAACCUACAGGACUGUGUGGCGUCAUGUUUGCAGCAGUCUCGCUGCGACAGCUUGAAUUUCAAGGCGGGACAAUGCGAGCUCAACUACGACAACUCGACAACGGCUCCUUCUGGAAUGGUGGCUGCCUCUGGUUGGAACCAUGCAAGCGCGUCACAUAUGCCAUCGCGACUUGUCGGUAUUUGUGGGCCCAGGCCAUGUGACGUGGACGAAACAUGUAGAGACAGGGGCGGGAGCUAUGAAUGUGAACCAGAGGAGUUAUGCUACAUAAGAUCGACGCUCUAUCCCGGAACCCUAAACAUAACCAAAACCGGCCGGACAUGUCAGAGUUGGGACACUGACACCCCACACAAACGUUGGGACUAUCCCAUGGGGAUGUCACGCGGGGACCCCGCCCUAGUUGACGAGAGCAACUACUGUCGGGUGAGCCCUGCCACCGCAGUGCCAUGGUGUUAUACGCUGGACCCCAGCGUUCGUUGGGAGAAGUGUAGUGUCCCGUUCUGUUGAGUACAUUUUUACGCAGCAGCUUUUAGCAAUCCUCCAGCAAUUUCAUGGUGGGGAACACCAGUCUUGGGGGGUAAGGGGUUUGGGACUGCACAUCACGAAUGAAGGCAUAGUAGCUUCACGCACAGUAUCAAUAUAUGAAGCCAAACCAGGCAUGAACUAACGAACUAUCAACUGUGCUACUGUGCCACAAUGUGUAUGCCAGGACAUUAGACGGUUAUAUGGACAUGGACGUUAUAUGGACACUCAAGUGUAUGACAUAUUCAGUAGACGGUUUGACGGAUGAUAGACGAUUUAUUGGCAUCACUGGCCUCCAACGUGAAUAACGAUAGACAGUUUAUAGGCGUCAUAUGGACAGCUAAGUGUACUACGAUAGACUGUUUAUAGACGUAAUUUUGACGCUGAAAUGUUUGUUGAUAGACGGUUUAUUAAAGCCAUCGCGACGCUUAAGUAUAUGACAGAAGAUAUGGACGCUCAAGUCGAACUUUGUGACGGCGGUCUAUAAUCCAGUGAUUGAGCAUCGAUCCACGCAAAUGAGAUACGAUGACACGAAUUCAGCGACUCUGACUACCCGAUCCCGUUAGUGGCCGCUUACGACAAUCAUAGUUUUAUGUAAGCUCGAUUUAAAUCGAGGAAAGGCUUCAAUAUUCCUUUGCUGAAAGCCUAGUAUAUUCCACCAUUUACUAUGGGAUGCACUGUUAGAAGCUAAACACAAACCUGAGCACGUUUCUUUCCAAUAAUUUUAACGCGUCCAGAGACCGAAACAUGUUUAAGUCUUAAACAUUGUCAGCGUUGUUUUUCAAAUCUAAACAUGUUUAGGAUGUUUGUGUCGUCAAAGUUCUAAACACGUUUAGAUAAAACUUUAAUUACGUUUGGGAUUUCAACACAUUUCUUAGCGCGUUUACGAGUAAACGUGUCUGUGUUCGAUACCUGUACACAUUUACAGUGAAGUGUCAACGAGAAUUCGCAUAUCUUUGUACGCAAUAUAGGCAUGGUUAUAUUAUCAGCACGUAAUGUUAAUGUUGUAUGUUGUUUGAGAUACAAUCCAAAUAAGUGUGACGUUGUUAUGUACUUAAUAAAAUAUAAUCACAGUUUACGUUUUCUCCUACGCUUCGAUACUCUUCAAAUCAAUAUGACCAAUUACGUGUUUUCAUUCUCAAAAAAGCAUUUGUUCGAUACGUUUCUAUUUAUGUUUGAUAAGAGGAAUUGAUUUUGUUUUCCUUGGAUUAUAAAGACAUAAAGCAGUCUUCGGAAAUGAAAUGGACAAUAUUUCUGUCAAUAUGGAGACUAAAGUGUGUUUAGAUAUCCAGUUUUGUCUGUACAAAUUAUUUGUACAGUGUGUCUUUACAGUGUGUACAUUAUGUCUUUUCUCAACUGAAACUCUGUAGGUAGUGUACCGCAACCUAUUGGGAUCGAGAAAAUCAAUGUAAGCCCUUCAUUUGCUAAAAGGUAAGCGUUUCGGAUGAAUGAUUAUUAA